UCGGCUCCAGAACGCAGUACUGUUGUGUUUCUCCUAAGGUUUUACUGGAUUAUGUUUUGUUAAUGUUUUCCCAACGGGUCUUCGCCGGCGGCCUUUUUAACAAUAUUCGGACAGGUCACGGUUUGUGUCACCUGUCAUGUUUGUUGCACUUUGCGGUUUGUUGCACUUUGCACUCGGGGUUUUGCUGUGCUGAAAGUGCUAGCCGUUUGGCUAAGUUUACACAGAUGAGCUAGCCGGCUAGUGGCUGCUCGGCUAACUUUUUAAAGUGGUGGAAAUUAGCGCAAAAUGACCGGGUGAUGCAGGGCUGGUCGCUACGUCUAGUCCUACUGCUGCUUCGUAUCUAGUAGGCGGUGUUCAUGUUCAGAACUGAAUGUAUUAGUGGAAAUUGUUGUGUUUUAUUGCGCGUCGUUUUUAAUGGUUGAUGUUAGCUGGCUAAGCUAGCAAUGUCUGUCCCCUCCGCCGACAUGCUCGAGACUCCACCGGGAUAUCCAUUCGAGGAGAUCGACUAUGUGGACAUUGAAGUGGAAGAGGUGGUGGGCAGAGGAGCUUUUGGGGUCGUCUGCAAGGCCAAAUGGAAAGGCAAAGAUGUGGCCAUCAAGACCAUUGAGAGUGAAUCCGAAAGAAAUGCCUUUGUUGUUGAGCUUCGUCAGUUGUCCCGUGUAGAUCAUCCCAACAUUGUAAAGCUGUAUGGCUCCUGUAACAAUCCUAACCAACCUGUAUGUCUUGUAAUGGAAUAUGCAGAAGGUGGCUCACUAUACAAUGUUCUCCACGGCGCAGAGCCUCUUCCUCACUACACAGCAUCCCACGCCAUGAGCUGGUGUCUGCAGUGUGCUCAAGGCGUCUCGUAUCUACACGGCAUGAAACCAAAGGCGCUCAUUCACAGGGACCUUAAACCACCCAAUUUGUUGCUGGUCGCUGGAGGCACGGUUCUGAAGAUCUGUGACUUUGGGACGGCGUGUGACAUCCAGACACACAUGACCAAUAACAAAGGCAGCGCAGCCUGGAUGGCUCCCGAGGUGUUCGAAGGCAAUAACUACAGUGAGAAGUGUGAUGUGUUCAGUUGGGGAAUUAUUCUUUGGGAGGUGAUUACACGCAGAAAGCCUUUUGAUGAGAUUGGUGGACCUGCCUUCCGGAUCAUGUGGGCCGUGCACAGGGGUACACGUCCUCCCCUCAUUAAGAACCUGCCCAAACCCAUCGAGAUUUUAAUGACACGUUGCUGGUCCAAAGAUCCCUCACAACGACCUUCAAUGGAAGAGAUAGUCAAGAUUAUGUCACAUCUGAGGAAGUAUUUCCCUGGGUCAGAAGUGCCUCUGCAGUACCCUUAUCAGUAUUCAGAUGAAGGCCAAAGUAGCUCAGCCACCAGCACAGGCCCAGAUUACAGCACCAGAAACGAUGGCAGUAUGGAUCAUGGAACCCCGGCUGGCACAAACGACACCAUCAAAACCAUGGAGAUCAAAUUUGCACAAUUCAAACCAAAGGCUGACCCGCUGAGGCCUGGUCUUCCUCUGUCAAGAGGGGGCAGUGUUGAGAGUCUGUCAGGCCGAACACACUGCCUAGUUUCCUCCGACAGCAAACGAAUGAGCGCCGACCUUUCUGAGCUCGAGCCCAGGAUGCCUUUUUCUACAGCACGGCCGCUGUUUAAACGAGGCCACCGCAAAACAGCAUCACACGGCACCAUUCUGGACGUUCCACAGAUCGUCGUGACAGCCACCUGUGAGCCGUUCAGACGCAGAUCAGUACAGGAUCUUCCCGCUGUUGGAAUAGAGCCAGGCCAGGAUAGCAGAAACAGUAGCCGGUCGUCCAGUCCCAGUGUGAGAAUGAUCACGUCUGAUAAGACAAGCAGAGCUUACAGUUUCUCUCCUGAUGACCCUACAGACACAAAUGGCUCUGAUAACUCCAUCCCAAUGGCCUAUCUGACCCUGGACCACCAGUUACAGCCGCUCGCCCCCUGCCCUAACUCCAAGGAGUCCAUGGCGGUGUUUGAGCAACACUGUAAGAUGGCGCAGGAGUAUCUGAAAGUUCAGACGGAGAUCGCUUUGCUCAUCCAGAGGAAGAAUGAGCUUAUAGCAGAGCUGGAUCAAGACGAAAAGGACCAGCAGAACACGUCUCGCCUGGUCCAAGAGCACAAGAAGCUUCUAGAAGAGAACAAGAGCCUUUCUACAUACUACCAGCAAUGCAAAAAGCAGCUCGAUCUCAUCCGAGCCCAGCAACAGAAAAGACAAGGCACGUCGUGAUGUGUCUUCACUUAAUGCGCUCUAAAACAGACUGGAUCGCUUAUACCCCUCCCUCCCUCACCAGAUAUUUUCACACCGUGAAUAUCCCUGUACCAGUGUUGCUUUAGACCCAGUAGACCUGGUCAUGAUAUUUUGCAACUGACUGUGCACGCGCAUGCUGGCUUCAGCAGCUUGGAGUCCUGAACGGGACGUAGAGCAUUCGAGAUGCCACCUCACCACAUUCAGGGUGCAAAAACUGUACACUUUGAUGCCCUGCUAAGCCAAAGUUUGCAUCUACAAUAGCAUUUUUAUUGCAGAUUAGGUGAGGAGCAGAUUUGCAGUGCCCUUGUCUAAUCAGGGGUCAGAAAGGAGCAACAUCAGUUCACUGGGAUGCUGGAUCCCACAAUUCCCCUGGAGGAUUAGUAAACGCCACUCUGCUGGCUCACGACCCUUGAGAAUGUGAACGCAACGUGAUAUCAAGUUACAUUCAUUGUAAACUUUUUUUUAUUAUGAUUAAUCCCCAUUUUAUUUUCUCCUUGUGUUAUUUUAGUUUAUACAGGGGAGUUAAAAACCCCAAACAUUUAAUAGCUUGGAGGCGAGUUUAAUAAGGAGGGUUGUAUUCUGCGAUCACUUUGCACGUCAUACCCUGCACCUGUGAAUAAAUAAGGGAAGAUGUGUUUAUUAUAUACGCACCGCCGCAGCCUCACAGCAAGAUGCAAAAUAUUUUAGCCUUUAGUAGGUUUUAUUUUAUUUUAAACCCCCGAAAGCUGGAAACCUGUUUGAGCAACCAGUACAAAAAGAAACAAGCUUUUGAAGAUGACAGUAUUCUCCCGGAUUUUGUUUAUUUAUCGCUCGCUACGAUUGUACGGUGACUUCCACACAGGUUAUUAUGGGUAGAAGCUGUAACAUCACGCAGGUUCAGCCUGCUUGAUCUGUUUUGAGUAUUCUUAGUUCACAUGUUGCCUUAGAGUUUUAAUUGCUUGCAUUUACUUGAUCUGUUUUGUUGCCGAUGUGUUUUAAUAGGCGACUCGUUAAAUGUAGUAACCAAUAUAACCAACUGGUGUGCUUGAGUGGCUUUCUUUCUUUCUUUCUUUCUUUCUUUCUUUCUUUCUUUCUUUCUUUCUUGAUUUUUUUUAAAGGUUGUAUAUGCAAAAGAAUGGAAUCAGGAAGCUAAAGUGUGCCCAGACUAUGCCAGAUUUCUCUGGCCAAAUGUGUAUUGUCAUUAUGCUGCAGAAAUCAUCAAUUGUCUUGUUUUUAUUUUGCGUUUAUAAGGGCCUGUCUGUGUUACACAAUACUUUUUAGUUUGUUGUAUUUUAACAUUUCACAAUUCACGCCCUUUUAUUUAUUUUUUUGCUAAAGUCACUCCCUUCCAGUUCUUUGCACGGUCAUUUAAUUCACCACAAUCACAAGUUGUCAUUUCACUCUAAAAAUGUUCCAGAGCACAAAACCGUCCGUUAAAGCCUUCCACCGUCUUCAGUCCUCAUGAAGUCAUUUUUAUUCAACCCAUUCAUUACAAUGUCCUCGCGCAGAAUAGUGGUGCACUUCUAGACCUCUUGUGUUUUGUUUAGUUUCUUUCUGCAGUUCAUUUGUAUGAUGAGUUUCUGUACUAUGCGCUGUACAUAAGAAAAUGAAUAUGUGAGCUUUUGGGAGAGGGAAAAGCAAAUAAAACAGACAGGUGAACAUUG